UUCACCAUCAAUCUCGUCCCUUAAAUAAAGCCGGCUUAACAUUAACCGUAACAGUUUUGUGGUGGAGGUGCUGGGUACUUCGACCAAGACGACGGAGCUGCUGCAGCAAGUGCCAUUCCGGAGCCGAUGCCUCACUCGACUGCCUCCAACACCGCUUGAGAUCCCGAUGUCCCACAGCGGCGACCAACAGCCUUCUCUGGCUCCUCCAGUGCGAACAACCGGCGCCUCCAUGCAUCAGAUGGAGCCCCGCCAUUUCUCAGGAAAAUUCGGUGAGGACGUGGAGGAAUGGCUCACCCACUACAAGCGUGUGAGCAAGUACAACGGCUGGAACUCCACGGCUCAGCUGGACAAUGUGGUUCUGUUCCUCACAGACACUGCGCUAGUGUGGUUCGAGAACCAUCAAGAUACCUUUACAACGUGGGACAGCUUCGUCACUCCCCUCGCAGAGUGCUUUGGCGAUUCCACCACGAAAAGGAAGCGGGCGGAGCAGAUAUUGCUUCAGCGGUCCAAGCUCAGCAGUUCUUGGCUCGCAUCGUCGGUCCUCAUCAAACACAAGGAAGCGCAAUAUUCCAACGGUUCGCUUUCCGAACCACUGCAAGACCGUGGACCAGGUGCCCGAAAUAGGUCGGUGGACGUUGCACAGUGCGUGUACGGUGAAGAGUGGUCCUGUACGGGUGAGCACUGAUCAUGUUGAACAUUUACUACUUCAAGCUUGACUCCUCGAAACCGAACGCUCGCCAGAACUUUCAAGAUUGCC